AAAGUUUAACUCCAUGUUGCGCUUUUUAUUUCUCGAUACGUAUUUCUGUCGACUGAUUCUUUAUGGGGUGUUCAAGGUAAACAUUACUGCAACCACAAAACAAACUCAGCUGUCAUUUUAGCACCUAUCUUUGCUACGGAACUCCUAACAUCAUGGACCAGUCGCGAAUCUCCAAUUCCGGACCCCACUACGCCGCCGGUCCAUCUCUAAUUCCCUCGCUGGUCCGUCAACGGGAACCGGACUCCUCCCCGGCGGAAAUGGCCCAGCUCUGCCGUCUGCUGCUGGCCAGCGGCUUUCUCGAAUACGAAGCCCAACAGAUCUCCCGGCUCCAGUACUGCACGGCCAUUCAAUUCUUCCGGCGUGACGACACCGACCGGACGCUGCUGGUCGCUCCGUUCCCGCUGCGCAUCUCGAUCCGUCAAUAUCCGGAGCGGUGGUUCGACGAGACGUUCUACCAGCAAUUCCAAGCCUAUCUGCUAAAGUGCGUGGCCGAUCUGGACCAUAUCGGUGUGCCCCGGCCCCAGAUUGCGUCCCAGAUGCUGGUGGCUGGUUACAUGCUGCUGCUGGUGCGGGACCGUGCCGGCGUUUCGACGCUGCAGAAGAUGAUAAGGAACGUGCGCUUCCAGGGCUGGCGCAUGAAGGAGCCGACCGUGUCCGAGAGGCAGGCGUUUUACUACGGAGCCAAGGUGGCUGAUCCUAGUCGAAUGCAGGUGAUUCCGUUGGGUGCUGCGCCGAAGAAGAAAAAGGUCAAGAAUCGUGGCAAGAAGCGGAACAAAGCCUUGCAAAAGGUUCGGGAACCGCCCAAAGUUGAAGAACUAAACUACGAGGCUGGUUACGAUCCGGGGAGUUGUCGAGCGGCCGACUCGGUGGACGCUUUGAUGGACCAGAGAUACGACGAACUCAGUAAUAGCUUCUUCCACGAAGAUCAAGCGACGGACAGCUUGAUAAACUUCCAGGCCGCGGACUGAACUCAACGGAAUGUAAUAUCUCAUGCGGUAAAAACAGGUACGCUGAACUAAGUAAAUAAAAUGAAUUUAUUGAAUUGAUCGCUACUUCCCAUCGAACCGAUUCAGCAUCGCGUACAAAUCUUCAACUUUAUUGGUCGGACUGGUGCUCCUUGCGGGUUGCGAAGCGCUCUGCCUGUUCAGCAGUGGCACUCCGUAGGGAUUGUCCGGAUCCUCCUCGACGCCCUCGACCGGUUUGAAAUUGGCCCAUCGACUCGUUCCCCCACUCGACGUCGCCUCGCCCCAAG